AUGGAGAUGGACACUGAGAGCAUCGGACUGGCGGCGAUGGUGAUCUGCAGCAGCAACAGCGACGGCGAGGAAAACCCACGUCAGCUCCGCUGCCGCAGACGGAGAGGGGUGAGGGUGAAGUGUGAGGGCCUGAGGAGGUGGAAGGACCGAGCUUCUCGCCGGCGGGACGCGGCAGCGGCGGCGGAGGAGAAGGAGAUGAACAAGGAGGAGAAUGCGCUCAUCAUGUACCGUCGCCGCUGGGAGAGAUGCUGGGCCCCCUAUUUUGGUUCCUUCGAGGACGAAACACGUAUUGGUCCCAUGAGGUAUACCUCUGGACCCAUCCCUGCAUUUGCUUUUCCAGAAGAGACCUUGCAGAUCUUCUCCAUCAGAAUCAGGGCCCCAAAAGAUGGCCUCAAGUGGCCACUUCAUGUCCAUGGCUAUAUUGCCACAAGAGAUACGACAGAUCAUAAUCGCAACUAUCUCUUCAGACGUACAAGGGAUAACUGUCAAACCCUCACCCAAAAGGAUCCAUUCUUGCAGUUAACAGGCCCAUCUCGUGGAAUUGUGUACCUUGAUCUGAUUGUGUUUGAAGUUGAGCUAAAAGUGAAGGGCAAAGGGGAGUCUGAAGAUGAAAUGUUGGCUUUCAAUGUCUUUUACUACGACGAGGGGUUUCACUGUGAACGCAGGAUUUCUAUAUGUAACACCCACAAGCGUUGCACUCUUGAGUAUUCAGUGGCACUGCGGCAACGCGCAGUUGAGGCCACUAUCAGUAUCAGAGUUGUUGAUGGGUCAUGGCCGGAUAAUCACCGAGGACAGGUUGUUUCCCGAAUAUCCGGCGUAAAGGGGAAGAUUGUUUUGUUCGAUUCUGGAGACAGAGAACUGCCCAUCAGUUCGAAUGGCGUGAUUGAGCUUUCAAGGCGUGUUGUUUCUGUGGAAUUAGGAGAGAAACUGAUGGUCGCUGUGGACGCCUCUCUAUCUGAUUUUGUUGAAGGAGCUACUGUUGUCUUCAUGCCAAAAAAGUCCGGCACGAGCCACGGCGUGUGUGGACAGAGGUGA